AUGGGCUUCGCCAAAAAGGACAGGAGACAGAAGCGCGCGGAUUAUCGCGCAGCGCUGAGGCAGGAAGGCGUCUCUGAGCUGCCAAGAAAGAAGUUUUAUCGCCAAAGGGCUCAUGCCAACCCCUUUUCUGACCAUCAAUUAAUAUAUCCUCCUCACCCUGAUCAGAUGGACUGGUCAUCAUUGUACCCAGACUAUGUCGUUGACGAGCCUCAAGACCAGCAAACACCAGCGGCCCCAGAAGCCCCCGCAGAUCUGGUCUCGGCGCCACUGAGGCCCAAAAGGAUAUCCAAAGAGGUCGAAGUGGCAGACAUCGGCUGCGGCUUCGGCGGCCUGCUCGUCGCGCUCGGGCCCACGAUGCCCGACAAGCUGAUCCUCGGGCUUGAGAUCCGCUACGCGGUCACGCAGUACGUCGAAGAUCGGAUCAAGGCGCUGCGGCUCCAGAACCAGGAGGCCAAGCUCUACCGCAACCUGGGCGUGCUCCGCGCCAACACGAUGAAGUUCCUGCCCAACUUCUUCCGCAAGGGCCAGCUCUUCAAGGUGUUCAUCUGCUUCCCGGACCCGCACUUCAAGGCGCGCAAGCACAAGCAGCGCAUCGUGUCGACCACACUCAACUCCGAGUACGCCUAUGUCCUGCGUCCGGGUGGGAUCGUGUACACCAUCACCGACGUUCCCGACCUGCACGAGUGGAUGGUGCAGCACUUUGAGGCGCACCCGUCGUUUGAGCGCGUGUCGGAGGAGGAGCAGGAGGCGGAUCCGUGUGUGGAGAUCAUGCGGACAGAGACGGAGGAGGGCAAGAAGGUGGAGAGGCACAAGGGGCAGAAGCAUGUUGCACUGUUCAGGAGGUUGGAGGAUCCUGCUUGGUGA